CUUACCAAAAGUUUCUCAAUUAUUAUUACUACAUACACUUGUGUAAUAAUUAUCAUGUUGUUUCCAUCCAUGUUGAGAUUAUAAUUACACCAGAAUUAUCAUGUUAGUAGUACCAUACUGUUGUAUUAUUACUUAUAGAAUCAAUUAUAAAUCCCAUGUUAUUGCAGAAUUGACAACUCUCUACAGUAAUUUCUCUGAACUGAUCUGCGGAAAAUGAACGGUUGAGAAUCAGGACACCCUUUCUCCAGAAUGCAUGGCCAACUCACACAAGUUGCAAGAGACGGAACAUUUAAUGAAGGAACUAUCAGUUCUAUCCGGUGAACGUUUUCUCUGACGGACCAGAAAAUGAUAUAUUUGUAAACAGAAUCAGUGAAGCCUCACAUUGUGCCCUUUUGAUAUCAUCAUCAUCCAAUGUGGAGGAGGAGCAUUCUUCUUUGUUACACACAUCCUCAUGUGGAUUCAUGUGAGAGCUGACUCACACACACACAGAGAGAGAGAGAGCCAUCAGCCUGUAAGAAAAGCAGUGCCACCCCAAAACUGUGCCAUGAGAAUUUCUGGCAAAGGCCAGAGCUAUCAUAAACUCAAUAAGAGUGUUUCACCUCUAGCUAGUUGAUUAGCAGAGCUGUGUUAAAGAGGAAUUGUUUUCCUGGAAGAAGCCUCCUGCCCUCGAGGAACAUGGCUUCCCUCUGGGGCUCAGACUGCAGAUGCUUCAGCUGCGAGGUCCAGAGCCACUUGGAUCGUCCCCUGCCCAUAGAACCACCACCCCGCCUCCCCUAACAGCCUCUACACGGGGCCAAGCCGAGGAGCACCAUGAAGGAGGUGGAGGACAUUAGCCCUGCCCUGGAGGCCACCGAGGACUUCCUACACUGCCUGGACGGAGGUGGAGGACAGGGAGGGGAGGGGGUCCGGCAGCCCAGGCAGCACCACCCCAAGCUGCAGGAGAUGUCUGUAGCCCUGGGGAAGCUGAGCUCUAGCGGGGUGUGGGGCCUGCUGGCCAGGGAGCAGGGGACCGAGGUGUCCCCACGUAACGUGGCCUGGGCUGACCAGCCCUCGGCCUUCAGCGUGCUGGCUCUGAGGCAGGGGGAAAAGAGACGUGCUCGUUCCACUAAUGACCUGGCCGCCCACACCAAGGACACCAACAAUACUUCCUCUAACUCCUCCAACGCCGCCUUUAAGAAAGGCCACAACCGCUCACGGUCUGAUGUUAAUUACCGUCCGUCCUACACAGACAACGCUAACGGCCUGCCUGCUGUGGACAAGAACACGCUGAAGAACAUGGCUCUCAACGACCAGAGAGAAGAAGGCUGUAAGGACAGCAGCAGCAGCGGCAGUGUGGUGAAACAGGGUUCCCUGGAGCAUCGUGAGGGUCAGAAGGGUCGUUGGCGCGUCUGUCAUGUAGAGCUUACCCCGUGUGAGCUGCGCGUCUACAGCCUGGACAGCAGCGGUAACUGGCAGCUCUGCACUGCCUACUCCCUGUCCCACUGCCAGGGGGUCACCCAGCCCCAGCCGCCCCAGGACGGGCGAGUCCUCCAGGCCCUCUUCUUCAACAGCUCCACCCGCCUGCAGUUACGUGCCGCCUGCCAGUGGGAGGCGCUAGACUGGAGGAGGCUGAUCUGGGCGAAAGUACUGGCUGCCCAGCCCGCCCACAAAAAUGCAGAGUCGCUUCCAGCCUUAUCCCUGUCGUCAUCCGUUACCUCUGGAGGUCUCGACACCAGACCAGAUCCCCGUGGUCCUGCUGAGGCUGCCCUGACCCCUGGUUGCUCCCAUCUCCUCCCAGCCCGGCACACGGCCCUGCCCCUGUUCACCCAGUGCUGUACGGAUGUCCUCAAGACUGGGCUCCUCCACCAGCUGACUGACCAGAACAACUGGAGGGCCUUCACCUUCGUACUGAAUCGCUCCACGCUGCAGGCCUUUCCCGCCGGGGCCGUGUCCGAGCCCAUCCUCCACUACCCGCUGGCCUCCUGCCGCUGCUUCCAAGGCGUCUUCCCCAGCGAGGUGCUCCGUCUGCAGGCUGAGAGCCAACUCAAGGCCCAGGACUGGAUGGAGGCCCUGCGGACAGCCGUGGCGGCCCAGAGGCCCCAGGGUGAGGAGGGACAGGGUUCCGGCCAGGCCCAGCUGGGUGCAGUGUCGACGGGGAUUCUGCUGAGGACCAAGCCCUCCAGGGAGAGGAGGCAGAGGGACACCCAGAGGGCCAAGAGACAGUCAGUCACCACCAGCUUCCUCAGUAUCCUCACCUGCCUGGCUGUGGAGAAGGGCCUGACCACCCAGAGCUUCCGGUGUGCAGGGUGUCAGAAGCCAGUAGGGUUGUCGCGGGGCAAGGCCAAGGUGUGUUGCUACAGUGGCUGGUACUACUGCCAGAGCUGUCAUCAAGACAACCUGUUCCUCAUCCCUGCCCGCCUGCUGCACAACUGGGACACCAACAGACACAAGGUGUCCAAGCAGGCCAAGGAGUUCCUGGAGUUUGUUUACGAGGAGCCCCUGCUGGAUGUGCAGCAGUUGAACCCGUGUCUGUAUGAACACUGUGAGGGUCUGGCUGCAGUACUGCGCCUGAGACAGCAGCUCCAGUCACUCAGAGCAUAACUGUUCAGCUGCCGCGCUGCCGUGGCCGAGGCUGUAUGGGGGAAGAAGGCCGUGGUGUUCACGGCAGUGGUGGCGACCCCGGAGUGCUCCUCUCUCACUAGAGACCCUGUUUACCAGUACAUCAUUAGCGCUCGGCGACUAACGCCUUGCACUUCAAAACACUGCAGGAUUAAUGAGGCCGGUGGUGCUAAAACCUUCCCCCGGCCAUCCAUGGACCCUCUGGGCCUACCAUCGGCCAUCCAUGGACCCUCUAUGGGGCUGCCAUGGACCCUCUGGGCCUACCAUCGGCCAUCCAUGGACCCUCUAUGGGCCUACCAUAGGCCAUGGACCCUCUGGGCCUACCAUCGGCCAUCCAUGGACCCGCUAUGGGCCUGCCAUGGACCCUCUGAGCGUACCAUCGGCCAUCCAUGGACCCUCUGUGGGCCUGCCAUGGGCCAUGGACCCUCUGGGCCUACCAUCAGCCAUCCAUGGACCCUCUGGGCCUACCAUGGGCCAUGGACCCUCUGGGCCUACCAUCGGCCAUCCAUGGACCCUCUGGGCCUACCAUCAGCCAUCCAUGGACCCUCUGGGCCUACCAUCGGCCAUCCAUGGACCCUCUGGGCCUACCAUUGGCCAUCCAUGGACCCUCUAUGGGCCUACCAUAGCCCAUGGACCCUCUAUGGGCCUACCGUCGGCCAUCCAUGGACCCUCUAUGGGCCUACCAUGGGCCAUGGACCCUCUGGGCCUACCAUCAGCCGUCCAUGGACCCUCUGGGCCUACCAUCGGCCAUCCCAUGGAUCCUCUGGGCCUACCAUCGGCCAUCCCAUGGAUCCUCUGGGCCUACCAUCAGCCAUCCAUGGACCCUCUGGGCCUACCAUCAGCCAUCCAUGGACCCUCUGGGCCUACCAUCAGCCAUCCAUGGACCCUCUGGGCCUGCCAUGGACCCUCUGGGCCUACCAUCAGCCAUCCAUGGACCCUCUGGGCCUACCAUCAGCCAUCCAUGGACCCUCUGGGCCUACCAUCAGCCAUCUAUGGAACCUCUGGGCCUACCAUCGGCCAUCCCAUGGACCCUCUGGGCCUACCAUCAGCCAUCCAUGGACCCUCUGGGCCUACCAUCAGCCAUCCAUGGAACCUCUGGGCCUACCAUCGGCCAUCCAUGGACCCUCUGGGCCUACCAUCAGCCAUCCAUGGACCCUCUAUGGGCCUACCAUUGGCCUGGAGGGGGCUCUGAGGAGGCCUGUCACGGCCAACACCGCCCGCACUAAUCUAACACACUCCUCUGAACCCCACGGAUGGUGUGAUGGUUACCCCCAGCAGGGUGUGAUGGUUACCCCAGCAGGGUGUGAUGGUUACCCCAGCAGGCAGGCUGUGACGGUUACCCCAGCAGGCUGUGAUGGUUACCCCCAGCAGGGUGUGAUGGUUACCCCAGCAGGGUGUGAUGGUUACCCCAGCAGGCAGGGUGUGACGGUUACCCCAGCAGGGUGUGACGGUUACCCCAGCAGGGGUGUGACGGUUACCCCAGCAGGGUGUGACGGUUACCCCCAGCAGGGCGUGACGCUACUUUUUAUUGGUGGGGCCACCCAUACACAGUGCUGUAAAUCUGCUAAAUGGCAUAUAUUAUUACAUUUUCUGAAAGGAUCUGACUUAUGGUUCCAAGAAAAUUGCAUAACUAAAAUUGACAAAAUGUUGGUCUUUCUCUCUCCCCAAAGAAUCUUCCCCAGAGAAAACCUACUGCAACAUAUCCACCUGUACUCUCUGGCUGACCUGCAACAGGUGAUAGAUGGGAAGCUUGCUCCCUUCCUCUCCAAGGUAAUUAAGUUUGCCAGUUCCCACGUCUACAGCUGCAGCCAGUGCCGAGAGAAGGGUUUCAUCUGUGAGAUGUGUCAGAAUGGACAGGUCAUCUACCCCUUCCAGGAGAGUGCUACUAAGAGAUGUGAUGUCUGCGGAGCAGUGUUCCAUACAGAGUGUCGUCAGAAGGCCCAGCCAUGUCCACGCUGCGUCCGCAGGGAGCUCCACCACACGAGACCCUCGUCCUCCUGGAGCCCUAACGACGAUACACCAGGCUGCUUCACAAUGCCCUACCAGGACACCUGAUCACACACAAUAUACUUCCGGAGAUACACGCACACACAGAGAGAAACAUCGGACCCACUCCACAGAGCUGCUCUUACCAAAGUCUGUGUGUGUGUGUGUGUGUGUGUGUGUGUGUGUGUGUGUGUGUGUGUGUGUGUGUGUGUGUGUGUGUGUGUGUGUGUGUGUGUGUGUGUGUGUGUGUGUGUGUGUGUGUGUGUGUGUGUGUGUGUGUGUGUGAGAGAGAGUGAGUCGGCCAGGAUACACAGUAACAGAAGUGUCGAUGACUAAGAGAGGAUCAUGCUCUCUGACACACCUGCUUUUUGAUCUGACAUCACUCUCACCUGGGAGAGAUUGACACUAACGCAACACCCACUGGAGAGGAACUACUCUGCUUUUUAGCCUCUCUGCUUUCUGCAUGAGAAACACUCUUUUCACGCCACUUUAAACAGCUAUGACCGGAAGCAGGGCUUGGAACCAAAAUGAUUUUUCAAUCAUUUCGUUCUGAACAGAACCACUCGUUUUUUCGUUCCAUUCCGCUGUUCUGAUCUGCAAAAUAAAGUUCCAAAAAGUACUGGU